GGUGAGCUGGAGGAGGACACUCAGACAUUGCAGCAGAGCCCUGAGCCUCACACAGGAGGAGGACGCGGCGCCGGGGAGGACUCUGCAGCCGCUGCUCCCUGCAGGUCACACUCUGGGAUUUGGGGGACAAUGUGGAUGCUUGGUGCGCUGUUCCCUGGACAUGUGAAGACCUGAGGCCUGACUCUGGGGUGAUCGAUUAUAGAAGAAUUAAAGCCCUGUUUCCAUGGAUAAAUUGAGAAGAUUGUCUUAUGUGAGCAGAGUUCUGACAGAUUGAUACACACCAUUUCAACAUGUUGCCUCAACACUAAUUUGAUGGAACAUUCGUACUCUUGGCAAAGAUUCUUCAGAGGACAUCUGUUUGGAAAUUAAUCGAGAAAUGAUUUUAAAAACAACAUAGAUAUCUGCUUUAGAAAAUUUAGCCUAAAUCUUCAGCAUUCUCUAAAGUAGGUAAAGACAUAGCUUCUACGCAUACGUUUGUUGAACAUGACUCAUGGAGAAGAGCUUAGCUCUGAAAUGCAACAGGAUCCCAUUGUUUUAACGUAUCUAGAAGGAUUACUAAUGCAUCAAGCAGCAGGCGGUUCUGUAACAGCGGUGGACAAACACUCGGGCCGUGUAAAAGCAGAUGACCACUUCAACAUUUCUGGGAAUGUUUUUACGAACUGUAAGAAUAAUGCCCCAGUGCACAACAGCAGUCAGUCAUCCGGCAUGUUGCAUCUCAAGAAGGCCAGGCUCUUGCAGUCUUCAGAGGACUGGCAUGCUGCAAAGAGGAGAAGAAUAUCUGAUUCCGUCAAUGGAAAUGGCCAGAAUGAAUCUCUCUUAGCUGGGAUGGUUGAAAAUGUUCCAAAAGGGAAACAAGAUAGCACAUUGCUGGCUUCUUUGCUGCAGUCGUUUAGCUCUAGGCUGCAGAGUGUUGCACUGUCUCAACAGAUUAAACAAAGUCUUAAAGACCAAGGGUUUUCCCUCACUCAGCAGGGAAACCUGGAAGAAAAGGAUAACCAGUGCUAUGGUUUGGCUUCAAAUCACCUAAAGACUAUCUUAAACAAAAGCAAAUCUAAAGAUAACACAGUGGACAGUAAUCUGACUGGUCUGGCCAAAGGUUCCAUUCAGGAAAAGUUUGUUGAACCUUCUCUUUCUGCACAAAGUAGCACUAAAAUGGUAGGUGAGCCAAUUUCAUGUGCUGCAAGGCUUCAAGCUGUUGCAAAUAUGGUGGAGAAAAGGUCAAGUCCCACCGCUUCGCCUAAACCAAGUGUGGCCUGUAGUCAGCUUGCUCUUCUGCUUUCCAGCGAGGCACACUUGCAGCAGUACUCCAGAGAACAUGCCCUUAAAGCACAGAGCGCAAGUCAGUUAGCAAGUGAAAGGUUGGCAGCAAUGGCAAGAUUGAAGGAAAGCUCGGAGAAAGAUUUUGGUAGGCUUCAACUGUCUUCAAAUGUGCCAGCUAGUCUCAAUACUCAAGCAAGGACAGUCACCAAUGGAAUAAGCAAUGCAGGCAAUAGCUCUCCUUUCUCAAGCACGCUUAGUGUUUCAAAUUCUCCUCCGAAAACAGUUGGAUAUAAAAAUCAUUUGGAAAGGAGCCACGGAAAGCCGUCGCCCAACAACAGUUUACUUUUGCACCUUCUAAAAACCCAAAAUGGUGCAAGUGUUGGAAAAAAUCUUUCACACAAUGAAAAAUAUGCCGCAUUUGACGAAAGUGCUACACCUACAACUAUAGAUGACUGUUCCGAUAACAAUCCUAGCUUUACAGAAGAGGAGAGCAGUGAUGAUGAAAGCACUCAUUCCAACUGUGUACCUAUAGAUCUGUCCUUCAAGAACAGAGCAGACAAGCCUCAGAUAUUACAUUCUGCAGCUUCUAUUGAAAAUUUAACCGAGUCGUUGCUUCACAACUGGGAUCCAAAAGUCAAUGGAAUUGAUAUCGGCAAAGAAACUAAAGACUCCUCAGUGGAUACUACACUAAAACCAUAUCAAAAGGUUACACUAUUACAACUAUUGCUCGGGCAUAAAACAGAAGAUGUUCCAUCAACAAUUGAAGCUCUUCAGACCCAACAGAAGGCUUCAGAUGUGUCUAAGUUCAGUUUCUCAACACCUGGUCCUCUCUCCGAAAGUCCAGGUAUACUUAAUUCCUCUCCAUUAAAUGCACUGUCUUUGCACACAUCUACAAAAGCAGAUUCUCCAAUGAACCUAACUCACCAGCCCUUUCCAGCCAAGCCUCCCUUUACUUCUUUCAUAAACAACAUUCAGACAGAUAGGGUCAUAAACUCAGCAUCAAGCCAUUUGAUAGAGCUUACCAGAAACAAAGCAAUUAAAACAACUGUCCCACUAGCUAACGAAAAUGCACAAAAUUCAUCUUUCAGUGCUAGUAAGUUGUUACAAAAUUUAGCUCAAUGUGGAAAGUCAACACCCGCUCCUGAUGAACUAAGGCAAUCUAAAUCAGUAGGCCCAACCAAUUCCAAAUCUUUAGGGUUAAUUGAAAGACUAAACAGUCCCUUGGUUGCAAAUCCAUCACAGACAUUUGAAGAAAGCAGAGCAUUUAGUAGUCCAUCUACUCCCAUGGAUUCUGCGUUUCCAGGCUCUGAAAUUGAAAACCUUCUAGAACGUCGCACUGUACUUCAGCUGCUGCUAGCCACACCCAACAACAAAUGUAAAACUGAAAAAGUACAGAAACCCAUCAUGAAAGAUGAAGUUAACAUAAAUAGGACUGAAAAGUCUCCAAAUCAGCAAAUUGUGGCUUUCAGAAUUAAAACUGAGCCUGAGGAUGACAUCAGUGCUGCUGACCAAGAGAUGAGUGCUCCAAGCCCCUCAGCGGCCUCGGUGCACAAAGCUGCAAGACCGGGUCCAGAGGAUGUCAGAUCUCCACACUCUUAUCCACAGGAUUUUUCACUUUCAAAAAAUGGCCUUUUAAGUCGCCUGCUACGUCAAAACCAAGAGGCAUAUGAUACCAGUGAUCUAGAGGUAAAUAGUAGACAUUCUGAAUCCAAACAGACAGAUUCAAAAAUAUUUUGUAUUGUGCCUAAAAAAAGAAAAAUGCACCAAAAUGACCCAGUGGAAAGCCAAGGAAAAAUGGCAAAAAGGAAUUCACCAGAGGCUGGAAAUUUACAGUUCUGCACUUCACCCUCUUCAGGUGAGGGACCCAUUCUCCAUGAACACAAAGUCAAUGGCACAAAGACUGAUCAUGAUAACAAGAACCUUACGGGUCAGAAUUCCAUGAAUGGGAAUAAAAACUUGAGUUGGACAAGAGAGAGUAAAGGUUUUAAUGUGCUGAAACAGCUCUUGCUUUCAGAAAAUUGUGUCAGGGACUCUCAGCAUAGGAACAAUACGCCGGUUGAUGAACUUAUAAGAGGAAACAGAAGUAACUUGUCAGGAAACUCCGAUUUUAUGCUUCCUUCUCUAAAUAUGUUUAUGGGAAAGCAUUCUCAUCAAAAUAAUUUAGGUCAAAUGCCAUUUCAAUAUCCAUCUCCUUUAAAUAACUCUCCUCAUUCCUCCCCAGAUAUUUUAAGAAAUAACCCUCCACAAACUGAGUCCGGACAUAUGAAUAUGUGCCCUCCCCCUAAUGACAAAGGUCCCAUUAAAUGGGUUAUCACAGACAUGGAAAAAAAUUACUUUGGGAAAGAUUCGCCUAGACUGACGAAAACCAACCCUAUAUUGUACUAUAUGCUACAAAGGGGGGCACAUACAGCUGCUAGUCAGGACUUAAGAGAUCGAAACAGCUGGACUGAGUCACUGUUGGGACAAACUGCAGAGAUGGCCUACAGAAGGGAAUCGGCCUAUAGUAGAGGAACAAACGGGAUCGGUUUUACCAAACCGCCCAAUGUUGUAAAUAACACUUUGCAUAAUUCCAAUAGCAGCAAAUAUGGACUGCUUGAUAUGCUUACCAUUAAGAAGGAGCCUGAAUAAAAUGCUGAGAAAUUUGCAACAGAUUGUUUCACAUUUUAAAAAAUCAUGUUUUUUUUCUCCGUUGUAUCAUGCAUGAUGUAAUAAAUGGCAUGAUCUUACGGACAUGUUAUCAUUUUGUGGACUUAGGUUGAUCUUGCUUGUGGUUCUAGUAAAUGUACUGUUAUUAAAACUUCUUCUUUUUUACCUUUUAAUAUUUUAUGUUGCUCCUAAUUUAGCAGCUGGGUACAUUGGUUUUAUAAUACGUGUUACAGAUAAUGUCAGCAGUUUCAAAAAAUUAUUCUGGUAAAAUGGGCGUUUUCUUCUGGGGUACUUGAAUAAAGAUUUUUUAAUAUUGAACACUUUCAUUACGGGUAAACUAUGACAUGACAACUCUAACCAUACAUCUAUCAUUGCCAAAAAAAAAAAUCCACAAAAUUUUAGUUAUAAAAAAUCAUCUAUGUAAUAAUAAUCAUCGUACAAAUUUGGAUGGUUAUUUAGGCAUAAUACCCAAAAGUAGCCUUUAGAUUUUCUCUGUAUUUUUAAGCACAUAAGUGACCAGAUGGCGACAUGUAAUCCUUAUUGUGAUUACUAUGGUUUUUCUUUUGGAUACUUUUAUGUUCUCGGCAGUUUGUCUUUAAUGUAAAAUCAAUCCAGCAAGCACAGUGAACCUGGCCGGUUACCACAAGGUCACAGCCGUGUAACCCAGUGGUAAAUGGAAUACUUAGUCUUUUUCCCAAGGUAACAACAUUGCCUUUAAAAUGACGCAUGGCUUUCCAUUUUGACACAGAGAACAGUGUGAAAGAGCCCGGUUUGUGUGAAUAUACGUUCUGAUGACAUUUUGUUAUGACCAUGAUGGUAACUAUUAUGUGUUUGACUGAUUGUCAGUUAGGUUGCUGGUUUUAUUUGUAUUUUAUUUUUUUAAAUCCCCAUAUUUUACAUUUUUGUCUCAGUGGUACACAUUUACAUUAGAGAUGUUUUCAAGGGAACAAACAUUAAAGGGGUAUUUCCUGUUACUUCAAAUGAUUCCUUAUCCACAGAGAAGGGGAUAACUAUUAUAAUUCGUGGGGGUCUGACUGCAGGGGCACCCAUUGAUCAUAAAAACAGGAGCCUGGUAUGACAUGGGGACCCCUAAAAUGGAGUAAGCUGCAGGUCGAGCAUGUGCACUGCCUCUCAUCCCUUUGGGAGUAGUGGAGCGGAGUACAAGCAAUUGGCUACAUUCAGCAGUCCCAUAGAGAUGAAUGGAACGGCAGUGUGCAUGCUCAACCUGCUGCUAUAUUUUGGGGUUAUGGGGCCCCCAUUCUCAUUAUUGUGGGGUCCCAGUGGUCUUACCCUCACCAUUCCAAUAGAUAUAACUUGAACUAAGUGGAAUAACCCUUUAAUGGUCUAUGCUUAUGAUAGACGCUCAAUGUGUGACCAGUACUCUCCUCAAUCAGAAGACUACGUUGGCUCCUUUAAUGUUUUUCCAGGUGCAGCAACUUGCCCAUGCCACUGUGAUGAUGAUGCAGCUCAGCCUUAUUCACUAGAAUGGAGCUGAGCUAUAGUAUCAGUUAUAGACUCAUGUAAGAAGCCACUGUGCCUGGGCAAGCAAUGGAGGAGCCAUGACACACUUUCAUUCUGCUGAUGGAGGGGGUAGUUGGAGGUCAGUCCCUAACCAUUCCCUCAGUGAUGCCCUACCUUAUCUUAAAAGGAACUUGUCACAUUGAACAUGCAGUCUGAGCUGCCCACAGCUGAAGGAGCUGAGCAGACGGAUAUAUAGUUUUGUUGACAAAAAUUCAAGGCCUCAUGCGUAUCGCGAAACACGGUUCAGCAAAAUACAGAAGAUAAGAUGUCCGUGUUGCAUCAGUUUUUUUUUUUCUUUUGUGGACCCAUUGACUUCAGUGGUUCCAUGGUCCCCAUUUUGCGGCCAAGAUAGAACAUGUCCUACUUUUGGCCGCAAAAUGCAGGCCAAGAACCGAUUGAAAUUAAUGGGUCUGCAAUGCAUCCGUCAUCUGGAUUUUGUGGACUGCAAAAUACAUAUGGUUAUGUGCAUGAGGACUAACUUGUAAUAUACUGUUAUAAGAGUUCAGUGGGCGAUCCUAACUUAGUUUGUCCUUCAAAACUUUAUAUCUGCUCAGCUCCACCUGCUCAAUAAAAUGCUACUGAUAGGUCGGACUGGAUGCUCAACACAACAGCGUGCCUUUUAAGGAUAGGCUGUGAAUGUUAAUCUUCUUGUUCUUUCAGAAUAUGCAUAGCAUUUUGGAGUUCAGGCCCCUUCACUCCAAUAUGGUCAUGAUAAAGCACAGUACUAUCAAUGCAAAUACAUAUAUUCCAGCAGGAAUCCAACUCCUGGCACUCCUGCUGAUCAGCUGUUUGAAGAGACCAUGCAGUCGGUGUGUGCUGCAGCCUCUUCCCCGAUCACGUUCGUCGGUCAUGUGGCCUAGGCGCAGCUCAGCCCCAUUCAAUUGAACAGGGGCAAGCUUCAGUACCAAGCACAGCCGCUGUCCAAUGGAUGGUCUAGUGCAGUGCCCACCAGGAUGCUGCGGUCUCUUCAGACAGUGGAUCGGGGGGACUUCUGGUCUCAGACCCCCUCCCCCCACCGAUGUGAUAUUGAUGACCUAUCUGGAGGAUAGGUCGUCAAUAUUGGGCUACUUUCACACUAGUGUUUUUGCUGGAUCUGGCAGGGUUAGCAAAAAUGCUUCCG